UUCUGUGUUCACGGUACAGCAACAGCAAACACACGCUCUGUUUCUUCCAUUUGCAGUUACAGGCUACUAUUGGAGUAUUGGUUUGGCUUUUGCGAAAAAAAAAAAAAAAAAAAAAAACGUCCCUUGAUAGUUGAAACAGUUGGAACUUGCAAGACCAAACAGCCAUGGUGAGGUCUCAUGUAGCUCAACCUUUUCGUUGGUGUUUUUAUCCGUCAAUUAAUCUCUGAAUUUUGUGUGUGUGUGUAUGUUAACACAUGAAAAUUUUGGUAAAAAUUUUCAGAAGGAGAUCAUCAUCCGGAUGAGGCCGGAUUCUGACCAAUGCCAUCGCAAGGCUCUGAAGGUGGCGGCCGCGGUCAGUGGCGUCGAGUCGGUCACGGUGACCGGACGGGACAGGGACCUGCUUCUGGUGAUCGGCGACGGCGUGGACGAGAGCAAGCUGACCAAGAAGCUGAGGAGGGAGGUCGGGGAGGCCGAGAUACUGGAGCUGAGGACGCUGGACGCGGGCGGCGGGAGGGAGGCGGCGGCGGCGGCGCUGCAGCUGCUGACGACGGCCGGCAUUAAGGGGGGCGGCGGCGGCGCCGUCGCCUUCGCGCGGUCGUCAUCGCCGUACCACUGGCAGCCCGCUGCUACACCGGGGCGGAGCGUGGCCGGAGGGGGCCGCAUCACGUGCCCCGUGACGCCGCCGGCCGCGGCGCGGUGGUCGGGCGGCGGCGAGUACUACGGGUCGCCGCAGGCGGCGCUGUACUAUCCCCGGACCCCGAACGCGUGCUACCAAUACGGUGGUCUGAGCGAGCGCGGCGGCGUGUACGCCAGCAGCUACGCGCGUGCCGUGGCGCGCAGCCACCCGGCGAACUACUCGCCGAUGUUGGAGCGGCACGACCGCGCCGCCGUUGGCCGCGGGAGGCGCCGGAGAGCCGGGAGGCAGCCCAACUGCUGCUCGAUCUUGUAGCUCUUUUUUUACUCUGUUUUCUUACAUCCGCGUGGUCGCCAACUCGCCAUUGGCGCGCUGUCAAAUGUGAUGUGCUCAUUGGUUUUUUUUUUCUUUCAUUACUGGUGCACAGGUUUUGGACUAACCAGAUUUUAGGCCUCGUUUCAAAUUCAAAGUAGAAAAAUAAGAAUGUGGUAGGACGUUUAAUUAUGCUCGUGCAAAAGUCCCACAUUCUAACGGGAAAAUACCUUGGAUUGGGAACUAAAUAAAGGCCAA